CAAAUAUUUGCAUAAUAAUCCCUUAAGCUCCUAUAUUCUUUAUGAGAUAAGUGACAAAGCUGGGCCUUUGAAUUUAAAGAAAUGGAAGCAAGAAGGGCAGGUAUUGAUCACCUAAUCACCUUUCUACAUCGUCGGGUAAGGAUGGUGAUAGGUCCCUUAUAUGGAGAUGUUUCACAAGGUAGCACAGAGAAAAAAGGAAAGACUGACAAAAGUAGGUCUCCUCAGAAGUACAGACAGAGAUCGGGAGGUAUUUUUACCACAAGUAUUUCUGAUGCUGAUGAAAAGGGGACUCGAGAAACCUCUGUCAAAAAGACUGUUAAUGAUUCCUGUGCAUUUAAAAAGCCUUGUGUAUUCUGCAAUGUCCAACAUAUCCUUGCUGAGUGUAGUAAAAUCAAAGAACUGCCACAUAAAGAAAGAAUUGACUUUUUAAAAUCUAAAGGUUUAUGUUUUCGUUGUCACAAACAGGGACACCUUGCUAAGAACUGUAAAGAAAGAAUGAAAUGUCAGACAUGUUCUUUUCAGCACCCAGAUAUCUUGCAUAUCAAAAAAAAGGUUGGAGCGACACCUACGGCUAUAGCCAGCGUGGCAACACCUACUGAAAGGGAGACCGAGACUGGAACUUGUAUCUUUACUGGGGCCGGUGAAGAGUGUGCGCUGUACGUGGUUCCCAUUAAAAUUUAUAAGUCUGUGGUCUCAAUGAUGAUGAAUAUAUUGAUUUGCCAAAGGUCUUUACACAGGUCUCCAUUCCAGUGAACAGAGAAAGUAUUCCACUACAAGAAGAUAUCGAUAAGUGGGCUUAUCUUAAAGAGGUAUGUCUAUCUCGUAUUGACUCUGAUGUUGAUCUUUUAAUAGGAAUCAACUACCCAGAAAUCUUCGAG